CAGACAGAUUCUUUUAGCAAAGAUGAUACAGAAGCUGCAUAGCUCCUUUUCAUUUUGGUGCUGAAGCAGGACGGAAUAUGGUCAAAGUACACCUGUUCAGCACAUCACAUCUUCGCUGCCCUGCCAAAGUGUUGAGUGAAUGGCCCUGUACUGGCUUGAGCAGGUCUUGGGAGACUGGGGGGACUCCAAAGGAAACCGCUACGAGGUGAGCUUGGAUGAGACUGGGUUUUCUUGCAGUGUGAGAACGACGCGAAAGGGUGGACGCAUACAAACUACCCAUCGGAUGUUGAAAUACAACAGCAAGACAAACUGCUUGAUGUGGGGGACAAGCUACUACCUUGAGGUCGAUGUCUCCAACAGUUCCAAGGUGCACUGGAAGCCUUUGAAGGACGUCCAGCCGUACACGUGGUACAGGCUGGAGUUGGAAAGGCAAAGUCACGAAAUCCAGAUCUGUCCUGAGCCAGCUGGCUGGGAGGCUUGGGAUGCAGAGCAGUUUUGGGGCCCAGAUGAGACCUGGCCAGAGGAGAUAUUGCCACCCACGCUAGAAGAAGUUGUUGGAUCGUGGAAAGAUUACCUGGGUAGUCGCUACAUCAUCACACUUGACGACUCCGGCACCAGCUGUAGUGCCACAAUUGUUUUGAAAGAUGGCCGUACCAGCCUAGCCUUUGAGACCAUUAAGUACAAUGCCAGUGAUGUGUUUUGGGGAGAUACCUACUACUUGCUGCCCGUGAGGAACGACACUAGCAUUUGCUGGAAGUCAACAGAGUCUGGGGGAGAGUUUUGGUGGGAGUCCUGCAUUGCCACUGAUUCGGCUGAUGAACCUCUGGAGGUCCCCUAUGUGUUGAGCAGGAGCAACUUGCAAGCAUUGCUUAAACAGAUGGUGGGAAGAUGGAGUGAUGAGGACCGCAGCACUUAUACAGUGACAAUGGAUGAGUCUGGUCACUCGUGUACCGUUGAAACUCAACGUUCUGACGGACGAACCAAAGUGUCAGAGGGCCUAUUGAGGUACGAUGCUGAAAAGCAGUGUGUGAUGUGGGGGAAGUCUUUCUACUUGGAUGUGCGAGGUGCAGGCGAUGUUGCCUGGGUCCCUGUUGGGAAAGGCAAAAUAUUUCGCUGGCUUCUUUGCCAAUCCUCAGGUUCGGCUGCGCCCAUUAAAAGCUGGGCCCAAGUUUGCUUGGAAGAGAUCUUGGGUCAGUGGGAAGAUGAUCGAGAGACAGUCUAUACUGUUAGCCUGGAUGAGUCUCUGAGCUCGUGCAGUGUUAAGACUCAAAGGCCAGAUGGUGAGAGCCGCUACUCAGAAGCCCUGCUGACUGCUGAGAAUAGUUCCAAGCGGAUUUGGUGGGCUUCUGCUUACUUUGCCGAUCUUCAAGAACGGAACAAGGAGAUCCUUUGGAUGCCCACAAAGCCUGGCAAGCGCACCUUCAAAUGGCACCGAUACGAUUGGUGUUGACAAAAGUGUGACCUCCAAC